GUCUGAGCGAGAGAUCCUCUGAAAAUGUGUUUAUAAAGUAAAAGUAAUUUUUACUUUACAAUGAGUUAGACUUAACUCUCAAUUUUAAGAUGAUAUUGUAGAGCAAUGAACAUAUAUUCCUCCGUUUGAUUCUUAUCUUGGAGAUCAAUUCCUCCAAUAUAAAUUGAUCCUCCAUUUACAACAAAGUCACAAACACAAAUAUGAAGGUGAUAGAGCAGAGUCAUGUUGCACCACCACCCAGUUCACUUCCAUCACCAACCACACUUCCCCACACUGUCUUCGACAAUACAUGGUUUUACUGCCGAUACCCCGCUAAACGCAUAUUCUUCUACCACUUUCCUCAUCCAACUCAUCACUUCCUUCAAACAACACUUCCCAUUCUCAAACACUCUCUUUCCUUAACCCUCCAACACUUCUUCCCGUUCUCCUCCAACCUCAUCAUCCCUUCAGAUUCCCAAACUGAACCUUACAUACGUUACCUCGAUACCGACUCUCUCUGCUUCACCGUAGCUGAAUCCUCAGCAGACUUCAACCUCCUCAUAUCAGAUUCACAAGAUGCUAAAAUCUGGCACUCUCUUGUUCCAAAUUUGCCUCCACCUAGUACUGAACAGAACAACACACAAGUCAUUCCAAUAAUGGCCAUUCAAAUCACUAUUAUGCCGAACUCCGGCUUAUCUAUCUGUCUCGCGUUCAAACAUGUGGCUGCAGACGGAAAAUCACUUCACCAUUUUAUGAAAUUUUGGGCCUCUGUUUCAAAAAACAGAGCAAACAACAAAAACAAUUCGUCUCUUGAACACUCUCUGCCACUUGAUCUUCCUUCCCAUGAAAGACAUACAAUACUUAAUGCCCCAAAAGAUCCUAAAAUAAUCUACUUACAAGAAACACAAGAUUAUGUAUUAGAAAAAGUGGAAUUCGCAGAUCUCAUUCCAGAUGUGUAUCCUAAAAACGUACGAACUUGUUUAGUGUUGAGUCAUGAACAAAUUCAGAAACUGAAGAAAUGGAUUGUUGAUAAAUGUAUAGAAACAACACAAUACAUUUCAACUUUUGUGGUAACAUGUUCCUUGAUUUGGUGUUGUAUGGUAAAAUCAGAGCAAAGUGAUCAAGGUGAUGUUGUUGAUGAUCUAUGCAACUUCCUGUUUUUUGCAGAUUGUCGUGGUCGUCCUGAAUUUUCAUUAUCAAAAACUUACUUUGGAAAUUGUCUGGCAUCUUAUAUUGUGGUUGUAAAGAGAGACGAGUUAGUUGGAAAUAAUGGCAUUGUUGUGGCGGCAAAUGGUAUUGAUAGGAAGAUAAGAGAUUUCAAGAGUGAUGAAGCGUUAGGAUCUGAAACGUUGAUGCUUGAUUAUAGGGAAUUAUUUAUACCAGGUAAGUCGAUUUUAGUAGUUGCUGGAUCACCUAAACAUGCUGUUUAUGAGACUGAUUUUGGGUGGGGAAAGCCUAAGAAAUCUGAUAAGGUUCAUCAUGUUUCGUGUACGAUUUCGCUUUCUGAUUGUAGAGUUGGUGGAAGCGGAAUUGAGAUUGGUUUGGCUCUUGAGAGGUCUCGAAUGGCUAAUUUCAUGAACAUCUUUCAAGAACAACUUGAUAAUAUUUGUAGCAUGUGAAUGUGCAAAUCACUUUCCUUUUACUCUUUAUGUUACUAAUAUUUAGUUCAAUAAGUUUAGGCAAACAUUCCAUUUUAUAUAGAGUAAUGAAGUAUUUGAGACUUGAAAUACUCUUUAGUCUUUUUAUCCUUUUUUAAUUUGUUCAUCUAUUUCAAAUGUGGUUCCAUGCCUACUCUUAUACUGAAGGGAAAACAAAAAAGAGGGAAAAGUAGCUUGAAAGUGCAUCGAGCAGAAAAAAUGAGAUGAGAGAAGUUUGAAAUAGCCGCAAGUUAAUUAGUGUGAUUUUCUCAAAAGACGUAACACUCUGUAUAUAAUGUUGGAAGCUAAACAAUGUGUGUAAUCUAACUGUGAGGAUUAAUAUUUAUCUCAAAUUACACAUACUAGUUUGCUACACACACUAGUAUUUUCAUUACCAAAAACUUAUUUUGGAAAUUGUAUUGCAUCUUAUACUGUGGCUUUAAAGAGAGAUGAGUUAGUCGGAAAAAAUGGGAUCAUUGUGGCAGCAAAGGGUAUUGAAAAGAAUAUGAGAUUUUAAGAGUAAUGCUUGGUUAGGAGCUGAAUAAUUGAUGUCUGAUUUUAGGGAUUUAACGAAGCCGGGUACAUCUCUUGUAGUAGUUGCUGGAUCACCUAAAUUUGCUGUUUAUGAGACUGAUUUUGGGUGGGGAAAGCCUAAGAAAUCUGAUACAGUUCAUCUUGAUUCGUCUGGUUCGAUUUCUCUUUCUGAUUGUAGAGAUGGUGGAAACGGAAUUGAGAUUGGUUUGGCUCUCGAGAGGUCUCGAAUGGCUAAUUUCAUCAACAUCUUUCAAGAACAACUUGAUAAUAUUUGUAGCUUGUGAAUGUGCAAAUCACUUCGCUUUUACUCUUUCUGUUACUAAUAUUUGGUUUGAUAAGUUUAGGCAAACAUUGCACUUAAUAUAGAGUAAUGCAGUAUUCAUUUCAGUUUACUUACUAUAAGUAGAGUGAUUGCUAAAUGUAGUAUAGAAGACAUGUUAUGGGACUUUCAAGGGAAUACUCUUUAGUCUUUUUAUCCUUUUUCAAUUAGUUCAUCUAUUUCAAGUGCAACUGAAAUAUCUUUCUGCAAAAUGUUAGCAUCACUUUUUGUUGAUAUGAAAAAUAUCAUCUUUUGUUGCCAAUGUAUGAAAGUGAUUUCUUUCAAACAGAAAUGGUUUGUUGUAGUCUACAACA